CAAACCGGAGGGGAGAAACCCGUCCACCUCGCCACCGCCACCGCCACCGCGACCGCUGGCCUUCAACUUCUCCGAUUGGUGAUCGCUCGAUUGCGUCGGGGAGAUGGAGAUCACCUCGGAGUCGAUCACCUCUACAUGCAGUCACUGUCAAAGAGACAUUCCAACAUCAAAUAUUGACUUGCAUUAUGCACAUUGUUCUCGCAAUCUUCAAAAAUGUGCAAUUUGUGGGGAUAUGAUUCCGAGAAAACAUGCUGAUGACCAUUACAAUGAAAGUCAUGCUCCGUUGGAUUGUUCACUAUGCAGUGAGAAAGUGGAACGCGAACUUUGGUCUCUACAUAAAGGUGAAAGAUGUCCCCAGAGGAUUAUCACAUGUGAAUAUUGUGAAUUCCCACUGCCUGCAGUUGAUCUCCUCAAACAUCAGGAAAUAUGUGGUAAUCGAACAGAGUAUUGUGACAUAUGUCACAAAUAUGUUCGCUUGCGUGAAAGAAUAUACCACGAUAUCCAAUUUCAUGGCAACUCAGCUGGUACUGCAGAACCUUCCAGGGAUGUGGGAACUGCUGAGAGGGAAAGGGCUCAGAGAAGGCCGGCACGGGCACAACGCUCAUCGCAUAGGCGGAUAUUACUAACAGUUGCAGUAACAGGGGCAGUUGUUGCGAUUGGAUCAUUCUUUUUACAAAAAAGAGUAGAUGGUCGGCAAUAGUUGUGAUCUGGAGAUACCGGCUCCGGGGGAGCUGCACUUGGUUUGUUCAUGUGCAUGUAACAGUUGAAAAUAUAUGUUAACACAUACUGUGUGGUACUCUUAAAACAAAACAUGACUGUUGAUUAUAAACUUUUCUAAGCUAUUACUGGUAUUGAGCUUUUCUUAUA